AUGGCAGAGAGUGUUGUAGGCUUUUUGAUUAACCAGUUCUCAACCUUACUUGCCCAAGAGACCACACUUUUGGGGCGGCUUAAACCAGAUGUUCAAUUUAUCAAAGAUGAACUCAGCAGUAUGAAAGCUUUCCUCAGAGAAGCUGAAGCAAAGGAAGACAAUGAUUCUCAACUCCAAGAAUGGGUAAAGCAGGUUCGAGAAGUUGCUUAUGAUACAGAGGACGUUCUCGAUGAUUUUACCUUCCGCUUUGAUCAUGGUUGUGCGGACGGAUUCUGUGGCCAGGUUGAAAAGAUCUAUAACUCAAUAAAGAAUCUGAAAGCUAGCCAUCGAAUUUCUUUGGAGAUAAAAGACAUCAAGGCCAGAGUUGGAGAGAUUUCAGCAAGGCAUCAGAGGUACCAGUCCCUAUAUGGUACUCAAGAAAGAGCCUUCAGCACUUCUCGUCAGGCGAAUGCAGAUUUUGACAUUCGUGCUCACUCACUCUUCAUUGAAGAACCUCAACUUGUUGGGAUUGACAAGCCAAAAGCAGAUCUCAUCUCAAAAAUCCUUGAUGAUCAUUCCCAAUUGAAAGUAGUUUCGGUUGUGGGAAUGGGAGGGCUCGGGAAGACUACCCUAGUGAAAAAAGUCUAUGAUGACACUGCAGUGAAGAAACAAUUUCAAAGCCAUGCCUGGAUAACUGUUUCUCAAAAUUUUCAGUUCAAUAUCAUCAUCAAGGACCUGAUCCAACAAUUGUACAACGAAAUCAAACAACCAAUCCCUCCCCAAGUGGAAUCCAUGAAUGUUAUUAUGCUGAGUGAAUGUGUCAAAGACUUCCUCCGAGAAAGAAGGUACAUCCUUGUCCUUGAUGAUAUGUGGAGUAUAGAUGCUUGGGAAGCUAUCAAAUGUGUAUUGCCUGACUGCAAUACUGCUAGUAGUGUUGUAUUGACAACACAAAUAGCUGAUGUGGCUUCUGCAUCUUGUUUAGGAUCACUUGACUUCGUCUAUAAGAUGAAGCCUCUUUCUGAUAAAGAGUCUUGGACACUUUUUUGCAAUAGAACAUUUCAGAGCAAUGACUGUCCUCCAAAUCUAGAAGAAGUUUCUAAAAAAAUAAUGAAAAAAUGUGAGGGCUUACCUCUUGCAAUUGUUGCAAUGGGUGGUCUUUUGGCUUUGAAGGAUAAGGGAAAGACAGAUGAAUGGGAGAUAAUUCUUCGUGGCUUUGGUAGCGAAGCAGAUGGUAGUGGUAAGUUUGACAAAAUUAGAAAGGUACUCUUCCUUAGCUACAAUGAUUUGCCUCACAAUCUCAAAAGCUGCCUAUUAUAG